AAGCAUUCCCACUCGCAUAUUCAGAUUGUGCCUCGAACCGACCACCAAAUAGCCGCAUCUAGUUCUUACAGCUUCUCACAUCAACACCCAAUCAAGAAUUCCGCCGGCCUUCCGGUAGACCAGCAAGAUCGAGCUGAAAAGAUGGCUUACCGCCCACACCAAGACGAUGAGUUCGAGGAUGAUCAAACUGAUCAUGGUAGCGUUUUUUUGGCCGGUAUCAUCAAGCUACAGCCAGGUCGCAGGAAGAGAAACAAAACUUGGCGACCGAUGCAUGCGAGUGAUCUUGGAGAGCCUGGCAGCGUCGAUGGGGCUCGCGUACAUCUCUUUGGCAGCCUGCCUGACCCAAUCCGGCUCAGUGAGCAGAUGGGCAAGUUUGACGGGCAAGUGGUGUUUAUUGGCCACCCCAACCGAGAUAUCUCAGCUCAUCAGUGGUCAUCGUCAUCGUUCCAAUGGGUGAAUAUUGGACGGUACUCCCACUCUCGAGGUAAGGUGGAAGGGUCACUGGCCUCGGAUCGUCUUCGAGGUAUUGAUGAGCCCCACGAUACACUUGAGUAUUUCAAGCUGGCUGCUGAGAAUCGUCAGACGCUCAUCAUCGAGAAUGGGCGUUCAAAGGACAACACCACAACAGCGGGACGCGCGCUGCAUGUGGGCACGGAUAUCGUCGCGUCGACUCAGACCUACACAGAUACCUCAACGAAGGGCUUUCGAGCUGCUGCCACCACACAAAGCGAAACGAGAUCAUCCAUACCUUCGACAGCACGCGUCCCAUUCGCUAAAGACGUUCUGGAAGACCCGUUUGUUGCAGCGAUCAAUGCCUUCUCAUCACAGUUUACAGAUGGCAAUCAACGCACUGCAGUUUUCAACUCUACUACUCGAUAUGCUGUAUCAACACGUUCAGCCGUUCCUGCCACCUACACAACAUCGAGUCUCAGUGCGACUGCUAUGCCUUACGCUAACGCAACUACAGCAGCUGCAGAUUCUGAUGCAUCUGAGUCCAAUGCCAGUACCGUCAACGCCGCAACGGUUGGGUUACACUACAGCGAUCCAGAUGGCUUGCGGAGAACCCAGCAAUACGAGGUUGCAAAUGGAUUGAACCAGCAGGCCCCAACUCCACAAAGCUUCAAAGGUCCCUUCUUUACUGAGUCCAAGCCGACCACUCACGACCCUACAGUGGCGUUGUCGGUACGCGUUGGUGAGGAAGAGAAGCUUGUGAAUUGGUUUCGCGACGGUCAUCGACCUGCACGCCAGAAAGAGUAUACCAAGUCUCUCAUCGCAGCGGCGGCUGCCAGCGAUAAGACCCGGAAUUUUGGAGCGGUCGGUGAGGUAUCUGCUAAGCAAGAGAGAGGGCCUUACGCCAAUACUGCCCCCUUUGUACGUUUGUACGAAAAUCUCUCUGAAUAUGUGGAGGAGUACCGCAAUGGAAGCGGCCAGUCGUACUUCACGCGACGAUGGAAACCUGCGGUUCAACAGCUUCGAGAACUGGGAUCCGACAACAGUACUAGCUACUUCAGCAAGGGAAGUACUCAACCGUCUUGGUCGAGAGCAGCACUGCUAAGACCUUUAGAACGUAUGUGGAGCUGA